AUGGCGUCUGGUGCACGCGGAAUUUGGGCUGUUCUUCAGUCCCUCACUGUCGUGGCCGAUCACGCUCUUUGGUGGGGGGGAAUCUCCGUCGCGGGUGUGGGGUGCCUUAGUUGCCUGUUCAUUCUUCUCGCAGUCGGCCAGGUACUGCUUUUGGGUGGGCGUUAUCGAGCGAGUAGCCUCCGAGAUGCCGAGGAGAAGUGGAGGGAACUUUUUUUCCAGGGCAAGAAGCCUCCGGAAACCGUAUCGACUCCGUUGGCCGAUCCGCCCGCCAGUUCGGACGCAGAUCCGUCGAAUGCAGGUGCUUCUGCCGCCUCGGUCAUGCAUGUUGUGAUUGUUGUUCUGGGUGACCUGGCGAGGAGCCCGCGCAUGAUCUACCAUGCUCAGGCAUUAGCUGCGAGCGUCAGUCCGCCGCCGAUCCUCCAUGUUGUCGCCUACACGCCCACGCCGGUGCCGCCGAGCCUCGCCCGCCUCCCGUUCGUACUCAUUCACUCCCUUCCGGGUUUCGUCCUCGGCCCGUUUCGCCGCUUCUUCCCUGGCCCGUUCGUUUUCGUCUUUCUCUUCCUCAAGCUGCUUCAGCAGACUGCCGCGCUCGCGAGUCUCCUCCUCUGUGUGUUAACGAAAGUGUCGCCCAACUCGACUGCCCGACGCCGGCGCGACGGCGAACAGUCCGUUCUUCCGCGGCGGCGUCCCGUAGUGCUGGUGCAGGCCCCUCCCGCGCUUCCCACGGUUCUCGUCUGUGGCGUGGCGAGUCGCUUGACCGGGGCGAAGAUGUUGCUGGACUGGCACAACUUCGGCUACACUCUGUUGUUCCCCUCGCACGGCAAGGAAGCUCGGACUCGCGGACCGAUGCGCGCCCUGGCAGAGGCCCUCGCAGCCAGCGCUGAGGGGCGGGGGGGCAAACUGGCUUCCGGGGCGCUCUGCGUCUCCAAGGCCAUGCGGGAGACUCUCUUCCGCAAGUGGGGUUUGCGGGCGGCUGUCUUGUAUGACCAUCCGAAUGCCCAGAUCAGGCCUAUUGAUCUCGGCGAGCGCCACCAAAUCGCCAUGAAGUACAUGCGCCUGCCGAGUGGCCCCACGAAGAAGGCCGUCGCGGGCCCAGCUGGACGCCAGGCUGCCCGCUGCGCUCCGCGAGACCACUGCGUCGACGGCGAAGACGGGAAACGCGUCGAGUCACUAAGCCCCAGGGCCGCGCACCCCGUCAAAAACGAUCAGUCCGGCGACCUCUCUCCGGACCAUUCCGAAGGCGAAGACAAAGGCGCGGCCUCCGCUGCGGAGGACUCCCAGCGGUUCGCGCCGUUUGUUGACGACUGUGACAGUCAAGGAGCCGGCGACAUUCCACGGCCUGUCCGGGUGUCGCGUCUUCUGCCAGCGGGCGCCCCUGGCGACCAAGGGAAUCCCGGAGAAGAUGCUGUCCAGUCCCACGGCUGCUGCUCUCCACCGCGGACCCAUUUGCUCUGGCAGUGGGCAUUCCCUCGGCGGCCAUGUGGCAAGCGCCGCGACUCAAACGCUGCCGAGAGUCCAGGGGGGCACGAACCCGGCAAUGUAUUGGAGGAAACAACGCUCGUCUCGCGCGCGCGUUUGGUGUGCCGUUCACCGUCAGACCCGGUGGCCGCACCCUCCGCCGCAGAUCCUUCGCCAGAAGACAGCGCCGGGGGCUGCGCCUGCUGCCACGUCUCCGUUACGGUUCGGCGGGAGCGGCCUGCAGUCUUGCUGACUGCGACCAGCUGGAGUGGCGAUGAGGACAUGGACCUUCUUCUCCACGCGCUGUGCCGAUACGAUCGGCAGAGAGAAUGGGAAGUGCGUAGCCUAGAAAAGUCGCAUCUCCCUGGCAGGCACACGAGCUAUUCGAGUGAGAGCAACGCAAAUCAGCAAACGGCUCUCCUACCUCCCUUGCUGGUGCUAGUGAGCGGCCGCGGUCCAGCCAAGAGCCAGUGGCUUCAGAGGGCUCGACGAUGCCAGUUCCGCCACAUCGCCAUUCGGACGCUGUUUGCGACUCUCGACGACUACUACAAGCUUCUCGCAGCUGUCGACGUUGGCGUCUGUGUUCACACGUCCAGCAGCGGCAUCGACUUGCCUAUGAAAGUCGUCGACCUGAAGGGCGCCGGGGUACCUGUAUGCGCGUACGAGUUUCCCGCAAUUCAUGAGCUCGUACGAGACGGUCAAGAUGCACUUUUGUUCGUCUCCGCCGAGGGUCUGUGUGCAAAGCUGCAACAGCUUCUUCGGCGUUUCCCCAGGGCGUUUGACGAAGCGGUAGAGUUGUGGCAACAGCUGACUUACCUGCCAACGCGCACUGGCCCUUCCGACGGCGCACGUGCUGACGGCUCCACAGUAAAUCAAAAAUGCGGCGCCAGCGAAGACAACUCUUUGUCGCCUCACGCAGACGAUGGGAAAUUGAGACCAGGAGGUUCGCCAUGUCGCCCUCCUAAACACGGCACAUGUCAAUCGCCGGCACACUCUGCCGGUCGUCCAGAAGAUGUCGGCAGAGUUUCAAGACGCGCAACGCCUCGGCUUGUCACCACAGACCAUCACCUGUUUGAGAUGAGACGUUUCUCAGAGGGACACCGGAUAGGAUGCUUCCAAGAGGAAUGGAGAAAAAUUGUGUUGCCGAUUUUGACAAAGCUGACUGAAUGUAGUAACUCCUAG